AUGCCGAAGAGCCCUUACAAUGAGCAGUCACCACUGCUACGCCCGGGUUCCAAGUUCAUUAGCCACCGUACACGCCUCUUUUGUUGUGGUGCAGGAUCGCUUCUUCUGGUUGCAGGUACCGCGACUUGCAUCGCCAUCGUGCUGCGUUUGUUUUGGCGAACGGAGUCGUCAUCAAUGACAAUGACUCCCUUAAUAAAUGCGGACGAGUACGAUGCUAUCGUCAUUGGAGGCGGUCCAGCGGGUUCCGUGGUGGCAAAGUUACUGAGUGAUGAUCCAUGGCGACAUGUGUUGCUGAUUGAGGCAGGAAACGCAUCUCAGACACAAUUGGGUGGCAAGGGAGCGAUCUUAUCACCGCUUAAUACAAAGCGAUUAACGCCAUUCGACGUGCCAUUCUACUGGACUAAUGUCGCUAAUACGCCGUCGCUACACUGGGCAUACCCGGAUGUGAAUGUAGCUAGAGCAUUAGGGGGAUGUGGCAUUCACAAUGCUAUGCUUUACGUGCGAGCUUUGCCUUCAGACUUGGAGCGGUGGAACAUGUCAAAAUGGUCGUGGCACAAGGCUUUAGAGAUUUAUAUGGCUAUUGAAGAUUUCGACGGACCGAAUUCAAGUUAUCAUGGAAAAGGCGGAAUUGUGCGGACCAGUCCCGCUGCAUUUCGAUUUGAUGGAUCUCAAGAAUUUAUCGACGCGUGUGUUGAGUUAGGUAUCCCGCGCUCAAUGGAUUUUAACGCUCCCGACGGACGACACGGCGUUGGAUAUUACCACUUCAAUACGCGAGAUGGAAUUCGGGAGAGCGCCGCCAAGACAUUUCUUGGACCCAUUCUAGAUAGCUCGACUGGACAAUCUCGUCGAAAGAAUUUCAAGUUGAUGCUCGAUACGACGGUUACGAAAAUUGGUAUUGAUGACGACGAUGUAACUCAAGGAGUGGAAGUACGUUACGGCAAUGGCAUGACACAGUUGAUUCGCCUUGCCAAACACGGUGAAAUAAUUGUCACAGCGGGUGCAGUCAAUACGCCAAAAAUUUUGAUGCUCUCCGGACUCGGAAACCGUGAAACACUUAAAAAGGCGGGGUUACCUUUAAAAAAGCACUUACCUCGUGUGGGGAUGAAUUUGCAGGAUCACCCCGUGGUUGGAAUGGUAUUCGAGUACAAAAAGACACGCAACGUUGAUCUCAAAGCUGAUUUGGAGUCGUACUUUAAAGCCACCAACUUGGAAUACGCAAAUGCCUCCACACUCGGUCUAUUUGGCACUGUUGGCAUUAGAGCAGGAGCAUUUUUGACUCCGCCCGGAGCGACACUUCCCGAAAUCCAGCUUACGCUGUUUCCUCAGAAAUCCGAACCCCACAUGUCGAAUAGCUCAGGUCUAGAUCACACGACACAAGCAGUCAUCACAGUCGCUUUACUUCAUCCCUAUGCGCGCAAUCGUGUAAUUCUCGUUCACGAUGAGAAUGAAUCUGCAGACGACAACGACAUUGAUGAUCAUUUGAUUCCGCGAGUUGUGUCGGAGGUCCCGGAGACCAAACCCGAGCAUCUUAGACCAGGAGAUGUAUGGAAGAUUUCUUGGGCAAUUGGAGUUGUGCGCGAAAUUGCAGCAAAACUUGGUGAAAAGAACGUUAUAGGGCGUGAGCUAUCCCCGGGCGAUGAUAUCAGGUCUCCCGAAGACUUGGAGAAAUGGGUAUAUGACAAUGUAUUUCGGAAUUCGCACUGGGUUGGCAGUGCGUCUAUGGCACACUCCGAGAACGACGGAGUCGUUGAUAAUCAUUUACGCGUCUUCGGCAUCAAAAAUUUGCGAGUUGCUGACGCGUCUGUUAUUCCUUUUAUUCCAAAUGGCAACGUGCACUCAACUGUAGUCAUGGUAGCAAACCAUGCUGUAGAUAUUUUGCGUGAGGAUGAAGCCGUAUAUCGACGUCAUGGUACAACCGCUGUGUUCGGUUCGAAUGAUUGA